UAGUCCAACGCCUCUUUUACAGAUGGAGAAACUGAGGCCCAGGAAAUUUGCAGCAGAGCUAGGAUCUGAACUCAGGGCCCUCUGACCUUCAGUCCAACUUUCUUUCCAUCUCUGGCCUCAAAAUUUAACAAUAUGUGGCUAGAGUCUCAUCAAACAAGUGCCACCCCUAAGUCGAGAAGCGCUGUCACAGGAGUGACAGCAGGGCUUGGAGGUGGUUUAUUCAGAAACUCGUUUCCCUGACAGGACCAAUUCUGUUAUGCUUCAAGCUUUGCAUUUUUCUUUCCUUAAAGUCUUGCAUGUAAGCUUUAAAGGCAGGCACCCUGUCCAGUCUGCACUGGUCUGGAGAAGCAGAGUGGGAAAUGUGCUUCAGCCAGGGGCCGGGGCACUCAUGGCUCGAAUCGCCCAGUUUCUGAGUGAUAUCCCAGAGACUGUGCCUUUGUCCACCGUCAACAGGCAGUGUUCGUCCGGCCUGCAGGCAGUGGCCAACAUAGCUGGUGGCAUCAGAAAUGGGUCUUAUGACAUUGGCAUGGCCUGUGGGGUGGAGUCCAUGUCCCUGGCUGACCGAGGGAACCCUGGAAAUAUCACUUCGCGCUUGGUGGAGCAGAAGAAAGCCAGAGACUGCCUGAUUCCUAUGGGGAUAACCUCAGAGAACGUGGCCGAGCGGUUUGGCAUUUCCCGGGAGAAGCAGGACGCCUUUGCACUGGCUUCCCAGCAGAAGGCAGCCAGAGCCCAGAGCAAAGGCUGCUUCCAGGCUGAGAUUGUGCCUGUGACCACCACCAUCCGCAAUGACAAGGGCACCGAGAGAAGUGUCACUGUGGCCCAGGAUGAGGGUAUCCGCGCCAAUACCACCAUGGAGGGCCUGGCCAAACUGAAGCCUGCCUUCAAGGAGGGCGGCUCUACCACAGCCGGAAACUCUAGCCAGGUGAGUGACGGGGCAGCUGCUGUCCUGCUGGCCCGGAGGUCCAAGGCAGAAGAGUUGGGCCUUCCCAUCCUUGGGGUCCUGAGGUCCUAUGCAGUGGUUGGGGUCCCGCCUGACAUCAUGGGCAUUGGGCCUGCCUAUGCCAUCCCUGUCGCUUUGCAGAAAGCAGGGCUGACGGUGGGUGAUGUGGACAUCUUUGAGAUCAAUGAGGCCUUUGCCAGCCAGGCUGUCUACUGUGUGGAGAAGCUAAGAAUCCCCCCUGAGAGGGUGAACCCUUUGGGGGGUGCAGUGGCCUUGGGCCACCCACUGGGCUGCACCGGGACACGACAGGUUGUCACACUGCUCAACGAACUGAAGCGCCGUGGGAAGAGGGCGUACGGGGUGGUGUCCAUGUGCAUCGGCACCGGAAUGGGAGCUGCUGCUGUCUUUGAGUACCCUGGGAAAUGAGUGAGGCCCCAGGCGGCUGGCGGGCUCGGCGUGCUACCUAGACAGCCCUGCUCUGGCAGCAAGAGGUCGGCACUACAAGUGAAGCCGCGCGGGAAAACUGAGCACUGGUGGUGGUGGUAGGCGAAUCAAGGCACUUCAACAAAUUUGGGAAACAUGGUCCCUGAGACACCGUAGAGCGAGCAGACUGCAGAGCCACCCCUUCUAACUGGGCUGGACCAAGUUGGCCUGGGUCAUCCCGACCGCAGGGCCACCAGGUGAUUCUUGGGGUGAGCAGUGAACGGACAUAGUAAACGUGUUAUCUCGGUGGCUGUGUUUUUUUUCUC